CGGUUAUACACUCUCAUUUCACAAGUUAUUUUUCACUUUCUCAUUGUAAAAUCAUGUUAAAGAGGGAAGGGUGAGAAUGAAAAUUGAAGCAUUCAAGAUCAAGAUGUUAAAUUUCUUGACCAAAAGGGAGAAAGCUUGCAAGGCAGAACAUCCUUUGGACCUUAAGGAAGCCUUUUCCAAGUUUGCGAGAGGAGGGAGCCAAAUGAACAAGGAUCAGCUUCUUCGGUUCAUUGUGGAGCACCAGGGAGAUAAUAUCUGCGGCGAAGAGGAUUUGGAUAAAAUAAUUGAGAGUUUUUUAGUAGCACGGAGUUGUAGUUCUAGCUCUAGAACCAGAUCUGCAAGAUUUCCUGAUGUGUACAAUAAACAAGGGUUAACUCUCAAUGACUUCGUCGAUUUUCUGCUUCUGCAUGAUUUCAAUGCCGCCUUGAAUGACAAGGUACAUCAUGAUAUGAAUGCUCCCAUGUCACAUUAUUUUAUGUAUACGGGACACAAUUCCUAUCUGACUGGGAAUCAAUUUACUAGUGAGAGCAGUGACGAGCCAAUUAUCGAGGCUUUGAAACAAGGUGUACGAGUAAUAGAACUAGAUUUAUGGCCAUCUAAAUCUUCAACUAAAGAUGGCAUUAAAGUGGUUCAUGGAAGGACUUUUACCACUCCAGUCGCCCUACGCACAUGUCUAAAAUCCAUAAAGAAAUAUGCAUUUUAUAAAUCAGAUUAUCCAGUAAUUCUUACUUUGGAAGACCACCUAAAACCAAAACAUCAGGAUAAAUUUGCAGAAAUGGCAUUUGAAAUAUUUGGAGAAAUGCUUUAUUGUCCCCAAACAGAGUCUUUAACAGAAUUCCCCUCACCAGAAUCGUUGAAAAAACGGAUAAUUAUAUCAACCAAACCCCCAAAGGAAUUUCAGCAAUCUGAUAGUAUCAGCAAAAGCAAAGCUGGGCCAGAUGAAUGUGAAACCCCUGACGAAAAAUUUUGGGGACUGGAAUUGUCAGAUUCUGUGUCUAAACUAACUGAGGACAAGGGGAAUGCACGUGAUGCAGAUCGGGAAAAUAUAAACACAAGCAAUAACAUUCCAAACAAACAAGGUGUAUUGCCAUACAAACACUUGAUCACAAUCCAUGGCGGGAAAACAAAAGGUUCCAUCAAGGAUCAACUAAAAGAUGAUACUAAAGUUAAACGGCUGAGUUUGAGUGAGAAGAAACUAAAAAGUGCUUCUGAGUCUCAUGGAGCCGACCUUAUUAGGUUCACACAGAAAAAUAUCCUCAGGGUUUAUCCUAAAGGAGAACGUGUCAAAUCCUCAAAUUUCAGGCCACAUUUAGGGUGGAUGUAUGGAGCUCAGAUGGUUGCAUUCAAUAUGCAGGGGCAUGGAAAAUCACUCCGGUUGAUGCAGGGAAUGUUCAGAGCAAAUGGAGGGUGUGGUUAUGUUAAAAAGCCUGAAUUUAUAAUCCGAACACUUCCACAUGACGAGGUGUUUGAUCCUAAAAAACAACUGCCAGUGAAACAGAUCUUAAGAGUAAAAGUAUACAAAGGAGAUGGCUGGAAUUUAGAUUUCAGUCCAACACACUUUGAUCGAUUCUCUCCACCAGACUUUUACACAAAGGUGUGCAUUGUUGGAGUGCCAUCUGAUUGUGUGAAGAAGAAAACAAGUGUAAAUACGGACACAUGGUAUCCUGUUUGGGAUGAAGAGUUUAAAUUCGAAUUGAGGGUUCCUGAGCUUGCUUUACUUUGGAUAGAAGUGAAGGACAAAGAUAAGGGAAAAGAUGAUUUUGCAGGACAAACUUGUUUGCCAGUAUCAGAGCUCAGGCAGGGAUUCCGGUCAGUCCCUCUGUUUGACCCCAAGGGAAAGAAAUUGAAUUCUGUGAAACUUCUAAUGCGCUUCAAGAUUGAAACUUUAAAUAACUUGUCGAUAUCACUCAUUUAAAUAUUUUGUAUUGUUGUAAAACGCAAUCCAUGGAAAGAACCUUUAACCAGCUAGAAACAGUAGCAAAAUUUGUCUAUGUUCAACAUCACAUGGUUCAGUGUUCGUAGUUUA